UUGCGAUCUUGUUUCUAAAAACUGGCGUUCGGCCUGCAUUUUGUAUGUGUGACAUUUGUGGACAUAGUGCUACUAUACAUGCUUACCCUACAGUACACGGCAGUGUACAACUUGUGCUCUUUGAGUCGUUCACAGUACACGGCGUCCAGGCGACCGAACACUUGUACGGUGCUGUUGUUAAGCUUACACUCGUGGAAGUUUUCACAUUUCAGAAUACUUCGAAAGCUAGUGGAUUGGCACAUAUUCUGGAGCUUGUAAGCAGCAGCAAGUAAAGAAGUGCUUCUAUAGGUGACAAUCCAUUGCUGUUUCUGAUCGGACCAUGGACACCGAAGAGUUUCGCAGACGGGGGAAGGAAAUGAUUGACUAUGUAGCGGACUAUCUGGAAAACAUCAGGGACCGUCCGGUGUAUCCCGAGAUAGAGCAAGGAUAUCUGCGGAAAUUGAUACCUGCUGCGGCGCCGCAGCAGCCGGAAUCAUGGAACGCUGUUUUCCAAGAUAUUGAACGUGUUAUCAUGCCCGGAGUGACGCAUUGGCAUUCACCCCGAUUCCAUGCCUAUUUUCCAUGUGGAAAUUCAUGGCCAGGGAUUUUGGCAGACAUUCUUUCCGAUGCCAUUGGAUGUAUUGGCUUUUCCUGGGCUGCAAGUCCGGCAUGUACGGAACUGGAAACUGUUAUGAUGGAUUGGCUGGCUCAGUUACUUGGGCUUCCCGAACACUUCAUGUUUAGUUCCAAAGGACCUGGUGGUGGAGUAAUUCAGGGAACAGCUAGCGAAGCUUGUUAUGUUGCGCUGCUAGCAGCAAAAUCCAGAGCAAUUCGCAAUGCCAAACCGCAAUACCCAGAUUUGAGCGACGAAGAAAUUGCUUCUAAAUUGAUUUGCUAUGAAUCCGAACAGGCACAUACCGCUGCAGAACGAGCAGCCAUGUUGGCCUUCGUGAAGUGUCGUCCACUGUCAACAGACCAAGACCUAUCUUUGCGCGGUGAAGUCUUGGAGAUCGCAAUAAACGAGGAUAAGGGAAAAGGUUUAAUACCGUUUUAUGUCUUGGCUACACUGGGCACAACGGGCUGUUGCGCGUUUGACAAUUUAAAAGAAUUGGGAGCGAUCUGUCAGGCCCAGGAUAUUUGGCUACACGUAGACGCGGCCUACGCCGGGAGCGCUUUUAUCUGCCCAGAAUUUCGGUCUUACCUGGAGGGGGUUGAGUUAGCUGAUUCAUUCAACUUUAAUCCGCAUAAAUGGAUGCUUGUCAAUUUUGACUGCUCCGCACUUUGGUUGCGGGAUUCAUCUUUAUUAGUGCGAGCAUUCAUGAUAGAUCUUCCGAUUCUUAUUAAGCAGCCUGAACACGGAGAAGCGAUGCCGGACUAUCGGCACUGGCAAAUUGCACUUGGUCGCCGAUUUCGUUCGUUAAAGCUAUGGUUUAUUAUGCGAUUAUAUGGAGUGGAGGGACUGCAAAAGUACAUUCGGGAACAAGUAAACUUGGCUCACGAAUUCGAACGAAUGGUCAAUAAAGAUGGACGAUUUGAAAUUGUUAUUCCUGUUCGUCUUGGACUGGCAUGCUUUCGCUUACGGCUAGAGGACGACAGCGACAAAUUGAACGAGAAACUGCUGGAUGAAAUCAACAAGACCCGGCUGAUUCACCUGACGCAUACUAAAGUACACGGGCGAUACGUAAUUCGAUUUGCCAUUUGCUCGAGGUUUACCAACUUGAAAGAUAUCGAAUACUCAUGGCACAUAAUCCAAAAAGUCGCAGAAAGCGUACUACAGGCUGAAGCUCAAACUUCGAACAGUACAAACAACUAGACUAGCUGGAAGUUCCUGUUUCCAUGUUGCUAUAAUAAUAAGUGAUGAAAAGUCAGUGUUAUAAACCUGCAUUUUAUUCGUUUGAGGCAGACCAUUUUUUGUGGUUUUUACGUUAACUCUGGAAUUAGUGAUGUAUAUUGUAUACUUAUGCCGUUUCUACAAUCGGCCAGUAUCAAUAAUAGUAAUGCCUUAUAAAAUUUUGAAAUUUGCAGACCGGAAGUAUGGACGUUUGAAAUAAAUUCAGGGCUUUAUGG